AUGGACGAUCUCCCGCCAGGAUCCCGUCUCGCGGUUGUCCGCUCUCAAGUCGCCAUGGAUUCUGAAUCCGAGGAAUCUGGAUCCCCUACUCCUAUGGGCCCAGAUGGUGCAAACACGGAGACUGAACCACUCUCUGGUACUGAACCAUUUCCCGAAUACGACGAGUUCGAGUGUGGGAUGCAUGCAUCUUGCAUCGCAGUCGAGAAACGCCAUGAAGAAGCGUGGGCCUAUGCUUUCGGAAAAGCUGCCCAGCAAGAGAACCGCAUGGCCUAUGUCGACCCCAACAUAAUUCCCUACGUCCAAAGUGACCCGUCUCAUCGCAGUCAGGUUGUCCUCGAACAACUGCGAGACCUUCUUGCCGACCCGGAAAUGCUUCCUGAUGUCCGCAAGCAAUUCAUUACUAUCGUCAACGCUACUCUUCAAUUCAACCUCAUCAUCUUCCACCGAAGCCCAGAGUUUCUAGCUCCCAAAGAAGUUGAAGAUGCAGCCCUUGACCUUGAGACCAUUCUCAACCACAUCGAAUUCAUCGAAGAGAUGCUCAGAGAGCAGCUAGAGACUGCCGAGCAGGCUACCUUCACCCUGGAGGACAUCUCACUGGAGCCUAUCUCGAGCUACGAGCGUCUUUGCAAAAUGUCGGCUGUCUUCGCCAAGGCCAUGAAGAAGCCUCGUCACCUUGAACGACGACUGCUUGCCUUGUACAUGGACAUGUAUGAAGAAUGGGUCCACAAUCCUUUCCUUCUGCUGCGCAACCGUCAAGUCCUGAACGAGCAAAACCGUACACGCGCACGUACGAAGCUUUCAUGUCGUGUCCUUCUCAUCUGGGAACUGAUGAACAGCUCCAUCGAAACCUACGGUGCCUUGACCUGGAUCACUCUCAAGGUCAAACAAGAGUACUUUACGCCAAUGAUGAGUUAUCUUUGUGACUCGCCAGAGAUCUGGGAGCACUGCUGGAAUCGAUUCCAGGCACUCGAGAAGGAUCGACUCAAGGCAGCUGAGCAGGAUUCGUCUUGA